AUGAAUAUAGCAAGUCCAAGUUUUCAUAUGAAUUAAGAAAAUAAUCACUAAUUAAAUGAAAUAAGUUAAUGUCUUAAAUACACUGCUUAUAUAAUUGAUAAUAAUGUAUGUAAAUUAUUGAUAUAUAAUAUCAAUAGAUGAUUCUAACAUCCCCAUUACAUUAGACAUUAAGUAAUUAAACUGUAACAUUGGAUUAAGUACUUCCUGCUAGAUUAGAAAAGUAUUUUUACAAUAUUUACAUUAGUUAUAUGAUGGCUACUAUUGAAUAAGAUUAAAAUUUCCCACAAUAUAUUUCAAAUUUGUCAUUGCAAGAGAUUCUUAAUCAAAUUAGACAUGAUUAAAUACUUUAAUUUGCUAAACCUCUUGGUAUUGAUAUACAAAUAGUUUAAGCUUAGUGAUCUAACAAUAAGAGUAGAAAUAAUUCCAAAUUAUAAAUACAUAAUCCAAUAAACAAAUUGGAUUUCAAUAAGUAACAAACUUAUAUUAAAUAUAGAAAAAAACAGAUGGUUUGUUAUCUAAUUAAAUUUUUAAUAGUAAAAUUAAUAACACUAGAUCAAUUAGUCCAUAACCUAUGAGUACAAUUAUUCAUAAAACUUAAUCCAAUACAUAAUCAUAGAUUCCAAUCCUAUAAACUGAAUCAGGAUUUAUUAAUGAUUAAUUCAUGAACUUGAAUCCUAAUUUAUCAAGUAGUAAUAGUUUAUUAAAUGAUACACCUUAAAGUUAUUAAUAACAUUAAUUAAACAAAUGGACUGACAAAUCUAAAGAAAAGAUUCUAUUUCAAGAUAAUUUUAUGGUAGAAGAAGAAACAACUAAAUAACCUAAACCAAAUACUAUUAUAAUUAAGAAAAGUGAGGAUCCUUAAUUUUUUUAAUAAUUAAAAAAUGCUCGUGUUGCUUCACCAAAUUUAAAAUAAGUAAAAGGAUCAGGUUUAUCACCAGAACCUUAUAAUUAAAAUAAAUCUAAAUCUCCAGAUGUUUUAUAAGUAAAUUUACCAACUAAUUGUAAGAAAUGGGAAACAAAUUCAAAUAUUAAAUAAUUAUCAUAAUAAUCAUAAUAAUAACCUUAAAAUAAAUUACCUGAUCAUUUUAAAAAAUUAUUAACUGAUAGUAGUAAAAGAUAAAAUAUUAGCAAACCUUUUGAUUCAAAUAAUACUAAAUUUGCUCUUAUUUAAUCUAAUUCAAAUGCUCAUUUAAAAAAGACUAAAUAAACAAAAUAAUAAAUAAUUUAAGAUUCUUUAAAUGAUAAUUAAAUAAAGGUUGUUUAAAGUGAAAAAUAAUUCACUCCAAGAAUGAAUGAAUAAGAAUAUACAACUAAUUAAGACAUUUAGAUGAUGCUUAGUGAAUAAUAAUCAAUUCCUAAAAGUAGAAGUUAGAAUAAAAAAUAAGAUGAAAAAUUUAAUGAAUAUAUCUAUCAUUAGAAUUAAAAUUUUAAAGAUCAUUUUUCAUUUAAACCUUAAUUUGAAUAAAAAUAAUUUAAAUAAAUAGAGGUUAAGUAGGAAAUAACUCCAUAAAUUAUAUAAUAAUAAUUAGUUGAAUCAAAAUCUAUAAGAGGAAUAUCACCAUAAAAUAGAUCAAUUUAAUAAUAAUUUAAACAAUAAAAUAAUAUAAUUUAAUAACCUCCAAUACCUCCUAAUCAAUAAAAAGAACCUAUUUAAAUUAAAUUAGAUAUUAAAUAAUUUAUGAAUUCAAACAAAUUAAAAGAUUAAUAAGAGCGUACUCCAAGAUCUAUUAGUCCAAUUUAUAGUUAACGAUAAUAAUUAGGUAUUUAAAUUAAAAUUUCAUUUAGGGGUAACUAAUGAAAAUGGACGAUCUUAUUUUGUCAAUUUGAAUUUUUAGAAAUGA